AUGUACAAUCCUGGGGCCGAAGACUCUACAUUUGGGCCUAUUCGAACCAACCUUUUCCCAACCGAGCCUGGUGCGACAGUCUUCCAGCAAUAUCAAUUGGGAAACGCGGCUUUUCAGGUUGGCACUGGUCCAUUGACCGGCUGCAGUGCAGUGAUCGUCGUUUUGAAACGCGCAGUCUAUAUAGGCCACAUAUGGGAGACGGAGACUUGGUCGUGUUCCGCGGCCGCAUUCAGACGGAGGGCGCUGAGCUACUUCAGUGGCGAACAAAUUGAAGGAGAGGGCGAUCGAUUCAACCCCAGGCUAUACAACAUGCAACCUGAGGGCGACGACAGGCGUGACGACACUCGUGUGUUCGUAAUGCACCCGCGCAGGACCCAGUCAUACGCAAACCCGCAGAGGUCAAAUUACCGAGCAAAAGUACCGGAAUUGCUUACAGCGAUCCGAGAUGCUGUCGGAUGGCAGGAUGUGCCGCUUGCUCUGUACAACUAUAUUCCAGUGAAUGAAGACAAUGCCGAUGGUACUCCUACAGCAGCGAAUACUCGAUACAUCGCCAAAAGCGAAGUCGGUACUGCUUUAUUCCAGUGA